AUGUUUGAAUGCGAUAUCUGCGGCGAGGAGUGUUAUGACCUGGAGGACAUGGACGAUCAUUUGAACGACUAUAAUCAUUGGCAGGACACUUGUCCUAAAGAAUUCCGGUCCUGGCAUGCGGCGUGCCAGCACAUGAACUCCAUGAAUCAUUGGCGACCGAAGGUACUGUGUGAAGUAUGCAACGCGAUGUUCCGUACACAAGACGCCGUAGACAAGCACAUGGCCGCCAAGGGCCACUACAAGAAUUACUGCCAGGAGUGUAGGAGACAUUUCAACAACGAAAAUAACCUCAAAAUACAUCUCAAUUCGAGGAUCCACCGGGGUUCGAGCCUAGCCUGUCCCUUCUGCAAUAACGGCUAUACCACGGCCAGCGGUGUGGCUCACCACCUGGAGACAGGGUCAUGUUCCCGUGCUCCCAAAAUGAAUCGCGAGACAAUCCAUCGCAUGAUCCGCGAGCGGGACCAGAACGGUUUCUUCACUGUACAGCAGCUCGAAUGGCACGAGAGCGACUCCAGCGAAUUUUCGGCGUCCUCUUAUGCGUUCAAUGGGGACGACUGGGAGUGCUACCUGUGCCACCGGGGGUUCCGCGCUUUGUGUAUAAAGGACUUUACAUCGUUGGCUGGGCUAUUCAAUCAUCUCGAGAGCGAGACUUGUGGGUUCACCAGAUUCGAACGAGUACAGCAACAGGUACAUGGUAUUUUCCGGGGAGGGAAUCUCCUUGCUUUCUAG